AUGGCCGACCAGCAGAACCCCGGGGCACAGCUGCCUCCUCCCCCUUCCGCUGGCGCUCCCGGCUACGAGAACCAGGGCCAGCCGCAGCAGCACAUGCCGCCGCCGCCGCUUGCACCCGUCAUUAUCCCCCAGAACAACAACCCCAUCCCGACCGCCAUCAGCUCGCCCAUGUCGGGCAACCCCAUGAGCCCGACCAGCGGCCAGCCUGGCUACGUCCCCCGCCGCGCCGCCCCCGAGCCCAACAAGCGGGCGCUAUAUGUUGGAGGACUGGACCCGCGGGUCACCGAGGACGUGUUGCGUCAGAUCUUCGAGACGACUGGCCAUGUCCAGAGCGUCAAGAUUAUUCCAGACAAGACUGCAAGUUCUCCUUCUUUCAACUCCAAGGGCUUCAACUACGGUUUCGUCGAGUAUGAUGACCCUGGCGCCGCCGAGCGUGGUAUGGCCACCCUCAACGGCCGCCGCAUCCACAACAACGAAAUCCGUGUUAACUGGGCCUACCAAUCUAACAACACAGCCAAGGAAGACACAUCUAACCAUUUCCACAUCUUCGUCGGUGACCUUUCCAACGAAGUCAAUGACGAGGUUCUCCUCCAAGCUUUCUCCACCUUUGGCCCCGUUUCCGAGGCUCGCGUUAUGUGGGACAUGAAGACGGGCAGGUCGCGUGGUUACGGAUUCGUCGCGUUUAGGGAUCGCGCCGAUGCUGAUCGCGCUCUCAGCUCUAUGGACGGAGAGUGGCUUGGCUCUCGCGCUAUCCGCUGCAACUGGGCCAACCAGAAAGGCCAGCCUUCCAUUUCUCAGCAGCAAGCCAUGGCUUCCAUGGGUAUGACGCCGACCACUCCCUUCGGACACCACCACUUCCCCACCCAUGGCGUGCAAAGCUACGAUAUGGUCGUUGCUCAGACUCCUCAGUGGCAGACGACGUGCUACGUCGGCAACCUUACUCCUUACACUUCUCAAUCUGACCUUGUGCCGCUUUUCCAGAACUUUGGUUAUGUCACCGAAACCCGCUUCCAGUCUGACCGCGGAUUUGCCUUCAUUAAGAUGGACACUCAUGAGAAUGCGGCCAUGGCCAUUUGCCAGCUCAACGGCUACAACGUCAACGGCCGUCCUCUGAAGUGCAGCUGGGGCAAAGACCGUCCUCCGACUGGCCAGUUUGAGGGUUACUCGCCUGCGGGCGGGCCCAACUCAGCUUAUCCUCAGACGCCAAGCGCGUACUUUCCUCAGUAUGGUGGUGGGCCACAAGGUGGUCCCAUGUCACCCUCAGGUGAGCGGCACCGGAGGAAGCUGCAGUAUCGAAACAAGCAAUCUAAUGCGCGGGCAGGACCCAGCCCCGGCGGACAACCCUUCGCGCAGCAGCAGCAAGCCUUUGGCAACCCUGGCAUGCCUUACCAGCAACAGAUGCAGCAGCCAGGCAGCGCUGGCGGCUACGGCCGUGGCGCUCCCCAACAACCUCAAUGGGGCCAAUCUCCCCAGGCAGCCUUCAACCAGAAUGGCUUUGGAGGAUACCAGGGCUAA